AUUUUGUUGUGCACUUUUUAGGUAGCGUUGCACUGUGUGCAGGUGUUGCUAACUGACUUGUUAAGGAGUUGAAGAGGUGGACGGAGAACAUCUUAAGCAAUGAGACUGUUUUUACUCGGUGUGUUGGGGUGUUCCCUGGUGUUGAUGGUCCAGGGCUUCUACUCCGCCAGUGACGAUGUGGUUGAACUCAACCCCUCCAACUUUAACCGUGAGGUCCUUCAGAGUGACAGUCUGUGGCUAAUCGAGUUCUAUGCUCCUUGGUGUGGCCACUGUCAGAGCCUGACUCCUGAGUGGAAGAAAACUGCCUCUGCCCUGAAGGGUAUUGUCAAAGUGGGAGCCGUUGACGCCGACCAACACAAGUCCUUGGGCGGCCAGUACGGUGUCAGAGGCUUCCCCACGAUCAAAAUCUUUGGAGCCAAUAAGAACAAGCCAGAUGAUUAUCAAGGUGGGCGCAGCAGCCAGAACAUCGUGGACGGGGCCCUAACAGCUCUUCGGUCUCUGGUGAAGGACAGGAUGAGUGGCAAGUCUGGAGGCUCAGACUACAGCAGAGGGAGCGGUGGUGGCAACAGUGGUGGAGGCAGUAAGAAAGAUGUAUUGGAGCUAACAGAUGAUAACUUUGAAAAGCUUGUGCUGGACAGUGGGGAGGUUUGGCUGGUGGAGUUCUUUGCACCCUGGUGUGGACACUGCAAGAACCUGGAGCCUGAGUGGGCGGCUGCUGCCUCUGCCGUCAAGGAGCAGACUAACGGCAAGAUUCACCUGGGAGCUGUGGAUGCCACUGUGCACCAGGGCCUGGCCAGCCGCUAUGGGAUCCGUGGGUUCCCCACAAUUAAGAUCUUCCGUAAGGGGGAGGAGCCUGAAGACUACCAAGGCGGGCGGACACGCUCUGAUAUCAUCGCCAGAGCUAUGGAAUUGUUCUCUGACAAUGCCCCUCCUCCUGAGUUGCUGGAGAUACUUGACGGGAAUAUCCUAAAGAAGGCCUGCGAUGACUACCAGCUCUGUGUUAUUGCCGUGCUGCCACACAUUCUGGACACAGGUGCAGGUGGCAGGAAUGGAUAUCUGGAGGUGAUGAUGAAGAUGGCUGAGAAGUACAAGAAGAAGAUGUGGGGCUGGCUGUGGACAGAGGCCGGUGCCCAAAUGGACCUGGAGUUAGUACUGGGCAUUGGAGGGUUCGGGUACCCCGCCAUGGCAGCCAUCAACGCCCGCAAGAUGAAGUUUGCAUUGCUGAAGGGCUCGUUUAGUGAAACAGGCAUUCACGAGUUCCUCAGGGAUCUCUCUGUUGGACGUGGCUCCACUGCUACAGUGGGAGGCGGGGCGUUGCCAAAGAUUCACACUGUUAAACCAUGGGACGGUAAAGACGGAGAGCUUCCUGUGGAGGAUGACUAUGACCUCAGCGACGUGGAUCUAGAUGAGGAUUUCGGGAAGGACGAGUUGUGAGCCCAUCAUAAAAAAAUUAAUCCAGUUUGAUCUAGUCUUGUCUAGCUCAGCGUUACCCAUCUUCUUCCUCUCCUGUGGACGAAGCGGAGGCUGGGUCGCUCUGUUACUGAAAAGCUCCAGAAGAGACACAGUCACCUGCAGCUUCUCCCGUCGUCCUGUCUGUCAGAGAGUAGGGGGCAUGGCCUACCCUAACCAGUUUAUUAAACAUGGCUAUUCAGUGGAACUGUCUUAUCUUUAAUUUAAUCACACAGAUUAUCUUCGAUCAGGAUCUAAUCCAAUUUCUCUCUCAUGCCCGGCCUGAUAUUACUUAAAAAAAAAAAAAAGAAGAAGAAAAAAGAAAAAAGAAGAAGAAAAUGAUAAUGUUGGUGGAUUGUAAUUGUCUGUGCAGGACGGGGGAUGCUGUGGGACGCCUUGUGUAGAUUUUUCUUACACAACUUUAUUUCAAUUGUGUUUAAGCAAAAUGAAAUUUUUGUUACAAAAAUAAAGAGAAUAAAAACA